CCAUGGAGGCCCCUCCUGUCACUAUGAUGCCGGUCACUGGCGGUACCAUUAACAUGAUGGAAUAUUUACUCCAAGGGAGUGUUCUGGACCAAAGUCUGGAGAGUCUGCUUCAUCGGCUCCGUGGCUUGUGUGACAACAUGGAACCAGAGACCUUUCUGGAUCACGAGAUGGUGUUCCUCCUGAAGGGGCAGCAAGCCAGCCCCUUUGUCCUGCGUACACGCCGCUCCAUGGACAAACCUGGCACCCCUUGGCACUUGCGGUAUCUCGGGCAGCCAGAAAUGGGAGACAAAAACCGCCACGCUUUGGUGCGCAACUGUGUGGACAUUGCCACCUCUGAAAACCUGACAGAUUUCCUGGUGGAGAUGGGAUUCCGCAUGGACCAUGAGUUUGUGGCCAAGGGCCAUGUGUUUCGUAAGGGCAUUAUGAAAAUUGUGGUGUACAAGAUCUUCCGGAUCUUGAUUUCAGGCAGCACCGAUAACACUGAACCCUUGUCUCUCUCUUACCUUGUGGAGCUGAGUGUUGUAGCACCAGCAGGACAGGACAUGGUUUCGGAUGACAUGCGGAGUUUCGCUGAACAGCUGAAGCCUUUAGUACACUUAGAGAAAAUUGAUCCUAAAAGGCUGAUGUGAACACACUGGCUUUACUGACUGAGGAGCUUCAGAAAGCUUUGACCAGUGAAGAGAGACAUCUUGAAUUAGAAAAAUCUGGCUGAUUUGGUUGGCUUCAGAGUGAUAGGUGGCUUGUUUUUUGGUGGUUCCAAAUAAAAAAAA